AUGAUGACGUCGAUGAAUGCCGAGUCGGUGACAACGAUCCUCUGCACCGCCAAGCAAACCCGGUUCCACAUCGACUCUCCCAACUAUCGCGAGCUCGACAUUGACGGCCUCGGCAUCACCGUUGCGGCUGGUGAGACGGAAGCCAAAGGCAAGUCGUCGAGAGCGCGCGCUGGCGGCGUCGAGAUCCUCUCCAAUGCAAAGCUCCGUCUCAAGGAGGGCCGACGGUACGCCCUCGUGGGCCGGAAUGGGACGGGAAAGUCGACCCUGCUCCGGGCAAUCGCCGAGAAACUCAUCCCCGGUGUGCCAGAGGGGACGAAUAUUGCCAUCCUCCAGCAGACGAGGUUGACCGACGAGGCUGGCGCCGGCGCGACGAACAGCAAGGAUGCGGGGCCGAGUGUUCUCGAGCUUGUCAUCGACCGUGCCAUCGCCAGGGACACCGUCGAGAAAGAGAUGCAAGUCCUCUCCGGAGGCAUCGACGCUUCCGACGCUUUUGCUCCGAUCCGAGCUCUAAGGACCCUCAAGCACGAACGCCUCCAACAGCAACUAUUUCGUCUAGACAAGGAGGCCCGCCUCCGCAGCGGUGCUAGAGGAACGCAGGCUCGCAAAGCCCUCGCCGCCUUUUCCAAAGUUGUCGACGAAUCCAAGGCUACCCUUGAACAGCCGGACCAAGAUAUCGCGCCGGCGGUCCUCCAGGCCGAGACACAGGAAGCCAUCGAUAUGCUCGCCCAGCUUCAGGUCCAAGUCGAGCCCGCGCGCAUCGCCCAAGUCGAAUCCAAGGCCAAAUCCAUCCUCACCGGCCUUGGCUUCUCAUCUGAUGCCAUGGUCAAACCCGCUAGCGGCAUGUCGGGCGGCUGGCAUAUGCGCGCCUCUCUCGCCACGACCCUUCUUCAGCCCUCGGAUAUCCUUAUCCUCGACGAGCCGACAAAUUUCCUCGAUCUCCUCGGCAUCGUUUGGCUGCAGCGGUACCUGCGCUCGCUCGAGGAAACGGACAGGCCGCCGACGCUGAUAUUGGUGUCGCACGAUCGCGACUUCAUCGGCCUCUGCACCGACCUGCUGAUCCUCCGAGACAAGCAGCUGACCUACUUCCACGGCGACCUGCCGACCUUUGAGCACUCGCAGGCCGACCGCAAGCUCUGGCUUCGCAGGAUGAAGGAUGCCCAGGCCAAGCAGAAGGCUCAUAUGGAGAAGACGAUCCAGCAGAACAUGAAGGCCGGCAAGGCAAACGACGACCAGAACAAGAUUCGCCAGGCGAAAUCGCGACAGAAGAAGCUCGGCGAUAGAUGGGGCAUGCAAGUCAAUGCCAAGGGAGGCCGCUUCAAGCUCAACCGAGACCUGGCUGGCUUCCACUUGACAUCCCGGGAUGAUAUCGAAAUCCCGCCCGAGGAACGGCCCGUCGUCAUGACUCUGCCAGAGCCGCCGGACUUACGGUUCCCCGGCGCGCUCUUGUCGGUGGAGAAGGCGUCCUAUCGUUACUCGGCCAAGUUGCCUUUUGCCGUCCAGGGCAUCACUCUCUCCGUCGGAAUGGGCGAUCGCGUCGGCAUCCUCGGGCUCAACGGUUCUGGGAAGUCGACGCUCCUCAAGAUGCUCGUCCAGGAAACAGUACCAGCGUCUGGCAGCCUCAGCACCCACCCGCGACUGAAGCUGGCCUACUACUCGCAACACGCCACAGAAGCGCUCACGGCCCUCGGUAGGGCAGAGCCCGAGCUCUCGGCGCUCGCACUCCUCACGCGCGACGUCGAUGGCGCACUCGAUGAGGGGGAGGUUCGUGCCCUUCUCGGGGAGCUCGGCUUGCCUGGCCGCAUCGCCUCGGACGUGCCCGUCUGCAAGCUCUCCGGAGGCCAGAUGGUGCGAUGCGAGCUCGCCCGACUGUUGUGGCGGCGACCGCACUGUCUCGUCCUCGACGAGGUGACGACACAUCUCGACUACGAGACGGUCACGGCGCUGCGCGUCGCGCUGAACCAUUGGGAGGGGGCCGUGGUGCUCGUCAGCCACGAUCGGUGGUUCAUGCGCGGCGCCAUAGAAGGGAACCUGGACGACGACGAGGACGAUGAUUUCGCCAGCGAUGAUGCAUCCGCGGACGAGGUGGCGCCCCGGAGGAGGGUGGUCUACAGGUUGAAGGCGGGGCAGCUGAGCGUGCUGGAAAAUGGUGUGACGCAGUUUGAAGAGCUCAUGGAGAGGAGGGCCAGAAAGCUGCUCGGAAGAUAG